AUGUCGUUUGCCACGGACGAAUUGAACCAUUUGCAGCAGGCGAUCAAUCGGGAGCAGCCUCGCGACGUGAUCCAAUUCUGCGCCAACUACUUUGACCACAAGUUGCAGCAGCAACGCCUCCACCUCUGGAGUCAACAACAAAAGGCUGAAGCGGCGGGGAUCACGCUUUUCCCCCAGGUCGACUCCGCCCACGUCCCCGCCAUCCCCCACAACAAGCGCCAGCCCCUGUUCAAGCUGCCAUUCAGUGUCAAUGACCCCCACCAGCAGGAUGCCGGCGACCCCACCAGCGCCCCUGCGGCGGGCUUGUUUAAGAGCGACUUCAACGUCAACCUGGGGGCGCCCACCUCCAAGACUGACCCUUUGGACCCGUCUACCGCUACUGCCGGUGGCGUUGGUGCCAGAGGCGACGCUGAUUUGGCGUCGGCGCCGGCGCAAAAGAUCCCUAACUUCAACGCCAACAGACGGACGCUGGUGAGUGCGGAAACGUUGAAUCCGGACUUGUUCAAGCUGUCGGGGUGGACCCCGCCCAAAAACAACCAGUUGCUGGCGGAAGAGCGCCAGGAAUUGUCGCAGAAAUUGGGGCUGUACUUCCUCUUUGACCAGUUGGACGCCUCGCUGAAAAAGACGGUGGUGCUGGCGCUUGAACUGAAGCUGUUCCCCAAAAACACCGAGAUCAUCCGACAAGGCGACGAAGGGGACUUUUUCUACAUCAUUGUCAAGGGGACGGUCGACUUCUUCGUCAACGGCUCCAAGGUCAACUCCAGCGGCGAAGGCUCGUACUUUGGCGAAUUGGCGCUCAUGUACAACUCCCCGCGGGCGGCUACCGCCGUAGCUGCUUCCGACGUCCAGUGCUGGGCGCUUGACCGAGCGACAUUCCGGUCGAUCCUUUUGGAAUCCACUUACAACCGCCGCACCAUGUACGAGAACUUCUUGAAGGACGUCAAGGUGUUGUCGCUGUUGACUCCGCAGGAACGACUGAAACUUGCCGAUGCGCUCAAGACGGAAGUGUAUCACAAGGGCGACAAGAUUGUCGUCGAGGGCGAAAAGGGGGAAAACUUUUACUUCAUCGAAAAGGGGGCAUGCAAGGUCUACUCCAACGACAAGGGCGAGUUGACCCAGUUGAAGGACGGCGACUACUUUGGCGAAAUUGCCCUUUUAAACGACUUGCCGAGACAGGCUACCGUGGAAGCGGUCGACACCGUCAUCGUGGCUACGUUGGGCAAGUCGGGCUUUGAGCGGUUAUUGGGGCCCGCAAUACAGGUAUUGAGACAACAGGAUCCCAGACAACACAACUAG